AUGCGAGAGGGCCAGGCCCCGCCGGGCAGCUCCUGGGGGAACCACCCGCCCGGCGAGCGCCCCAGCCCGGCGGGCGGCUCGGCCGGCCUGGGCUCCCGGCGCGGCCCGGCCGUCCAGCGGCACCACACCCAGCUGCUGCAGACGGAGAAGUCGUCCUCCGUCCUGUCCUUCCACUGGAAGGAGGAGCUCCUGCUGCGGAGGCAGCUGGGCCUCCUGGACGCCAUGAAGAAGCGCCAGGCCAGCGCCCGGCUCACGGAGCAGAAAGCCUUCUACGGGCGCAGCCACGCACAGCUGCAGCGGGUCGAGCUGGCCCACGCCCGGCUGCGGGGCGACCGGGACCUGGUCCAGCGGCUCAGCUGCCCCACCCGGUGGUCCUCCUCCUCCGGCCCCUCGGAGGAGAGCGGGGCGGCCGUGCAGGCCAUCCUGCAGGGCCGGCUGGGAAGCGCGGGCGCGGGGACGCGCCACUGCAGCCAGGAGGCCCCCCAACACCCCGUGCCCAUCGGGGGAGGACAGCCGGGGGAACACGGGGCCCGGGCGGCAUCCAGGGGCGUCACCAAGGCCGAGGACCCAUGGUGGGUCCUCACCGUCGAAGCCCAGAGCUGCCCGGAGCCCGCGGCCCAGCCGAGCGAGCCCCCUGGGCAGCCUCCCCCCCAAGCCCACGAGGCCGGCCGGCAGCCGGAAGGCAAGCUGCUGCUGUACGUGAUGCACGGGGUGCUGGACGCGGAGCCGCCCGAGAGGAAAAGGCCGAGGCCCGGAGAGUGUGCCGGCAGCCCCGGCCCGGCCAACGCCCGUCCCCACGGUCCCCACCGCGACAGUGCUCCCCGUGCUCCCCGUCACCGGCUCUGA